ACUGCCGGUCUGAGCCGUGUUUCCGGGGGUCGGUGUUUUCGGGUGCACGCUGUACGGAAGUGGUGCAGUGCAGUGUACGGAAGGCGGAGUGGCAUGGCUUUGGCAGGGUGCAGGUUGCUGGUGCGGAGUGUGCUGGGUGCACGGGGUGUCGGGGCUGCAGCAGCAGAUGUCUCCUUUUUCAUUUCAGUCACGUUGCUCCGGCCAUCUCUUAGAUAUCUGUGCUCACGAAGCUCUUCUCUGCGGCCUAGCUAUGUACCUAAAACUUCCUUAUCCGAACCACCUUGGCCAAAGAUUCAACUACCAGAUCUCAUUGAAGAGACAGAACAACAAAGAGAGUUAGUUAAAAAUGUAAACAACCUCAUCGCCGCAGGACAGUUUGGGCGUCUUUUUGCCGUCAUCCAUUUUGCAAGUAAACAGUGGAAAGUAACUGAUGAGGACCUUGUUUUAAUUCAUGUCCCAGUUGAAGCACGGUGUGGAGAAAGAAUCCGCUUAGAAAAGGUGCUGCUAGUUGGCAGUGAUAAUUUCACGCUUGUAGGAAAGCCUCUACUUGGGAAAGAUUUAGUACGAGUUGAAGCCACAGUGAUUGAAAAAACAGAUUCCCAUCCCAAGGUCAACAUGAAGUUUUGGAAGCGACACAGAUACCAGAAGAAGAAAAUUAUUGUUACCCAACAGACCAUCCUAAGGAUUAAUUCCAUUGAAAUUGCUCCUGUUUUAUCUUGAGUAUAUAUUUCUACUGUAAAUAUGCUGUUAUUCUAAAUAAAAUAUCCUUCUAAGCUGUUUAUUAUUAAAAAUGG